CAGCAUCUCUGCCUAACCUUUUUUUGUUUCUUGGAAAAUUGAAGAACCUAUCCAGCUUUUAAAACUGCCAUUGACAGCCAUGUUAAAGCUUUCCAGAUCUUUGGUACCCACAAUCAUGUGCAUUUGCAAAAAAACAACUCAAUCAAACCUUAAUCUCUACUACUCCACUUAUGAUCAUGAUUCAUGAUGGUGACUCCACUCUCCCCAUCAUCAACACUCUCAUUCUCUCUCUCUCUCUCUCUCCCAUUUUCUGUCAUCUUCUUCCAUCUUCAUCAUCCAAUGCUGUUCUAAAUCCUCUAUGACAUUUCUGUGUCUAUUCUCUCUAAAAAAAACUCUUCCUCUUUGCUUCUCUCUCUCUCUCUCUCUAGCUGGCUAGCUAGGUAACCCAUCUUUCCAAGAUGAAAACCCAUGUGAUUGAGUUCAAGUUCAACCUUUUAGCCAUCUUUGUUAUUGGGUUGUCUUCGUUCUUCACAUAUGGAGUGUCCCAGACCAACCCAUCUGAUGCUGCAGUGAUGUUAGCUCUCAAGAACACCUUAAACCCACCCGAAUCCAUAGGGUGGUCCGACCCAGAUCCAUGCAACUGGAACCACGUGGUCUGCUCAGAUGACAAACGGGUCACUCGGAUCCAAAUCGGGCACCAAAACCUCCAAGGUACACUCCCUCCAAACCUCUCAAACCUCACUCAACUAGAGCGCUUAGAGCUUCAAUGGAACAACAUUUCAGGUCCAUUACCAAGCUUGAAUGGCUUGAGCUCAUUACAAGUGUUAAUGAUUAGCAAUAACCAGUUUAGUUCAAUUCCUAUAGACUUUUUCACUGGCAUGUCAUCACUUCAAUCUGUUGAGAUUGAUAACAACCCAUUUUCAAGUUGGGAAAUCCCAGAAAGCCUCCAAAAUGCUUCAAGUCUUCAGAAUUUCUCUGCUAAUUCUGCGAAUAUCAGCGGAAAAAUACCGGAUUUUUUUGGACCCGAUCAGUUUCCAGGGUUGAUUAAUUUGCAUUUGGCUUUCAAUAGCUUAGAAGGUGGGUUACCUGCGAGCUUUUCCGGGUCUCAAAUUGAGUCUUUGUGGGUUAAUGGGCAAACAAGUAAUGGUAAACUCAGUGGAGGAAUUGAUGUUAUACAGAACAUGACAUUCUUGAAGGAGGUUUGGUUGCAUUCCAAUUCAUUUUCUGGUCCAUUGCCCGAUUUUUUGAAGUUGAAGGGCUUGGAAAGCUUGAGUCUCAGAGACAAUUCAUUUACUGGUCCUGUUCUAGUUUCUUUGGGGAAUCUUGGGUCACUAAAGAUUGUCAAUUUGACCAAUAAUUUGUUUCAAGGACCAAUGCCCAAGUUCAAUGAUUUAGUUGCAGUGGAUAUGAUAAAGGAUACAAAUAGCUUUUGUUUGCCACAACCCGGUGAUUGUGAUCCGAAAGUGAAUACGCUGCUUUCCACUGUGAAAUCCAUGGAUUACCCAAUAAAGUUUGCUGAGAAUUGGAAGGGAAAUGACCCGUGUGUGAAUUGGUUUGGGAUUACUUGCAAUGGUGAAAACAUUACCAUUGUUAAUUUUCGAAAGAUGGGUCUCAUGGGUACCAUUUCUCCUGAAUUUGCAUCACUUAAAUCGCUGCAAAGACUGGUUCUUGCUGACAACAAUCUUACUGGUACAAUUCCUGAUGAGAUUACAACUCUGCCUUUGCUCACUGAACUUGAUGUGGCAAAUAACAAGAUUUUCGGAAAAGUACCAGUCUUUAAGAGUAAUGUCAUAGUAAAUACAAAUGGUAACCCUGAAAUUGGGAUGGAGAAAAGUAAUUCUACAUCUUCAAGCCCGUCUUCUGGUGGUUCUGGUUCAACACCAAAUGCUGGUUCUAGUUCUAAAAGUGGUCAGAAAUCUAGGAAUUGGAUUGGAAUUCUUGUUUUUUCCAUAAUUUGGGUGGUCUUUGUGGUUUUCUUCAUUGGUUUGGCUUCUUUCUGUCUGUACAAAAGAAAACAACAAAAGCAGUUUAGCAGAGUGCAGAGCCCGAAUGCAAUGGUAGUCCAUCCUCGACAUUCAGGAUCUGAUAAUGAGAGCAUGAAGAUCACAGUUGCAGGAUCAAGUGUUAGUCUUGGUGCGGUUAGUGAAACCCGUACAAUUCCUAGCUGCAAAACCAGUGAAAUCCAAAUGGUUGAGGCAGGAAACAUGGUGAUUUCUAUUCAAGUCCUUAAAAACGUGACAAACAAUUUCAGCAAAGACAACAUAUUGGGACGUGGGGGUUUUGGGACAGUUUACAAAGGGGAAUUGCACGAUGGAACGAAAAUUGCAGUGAAAAGAAUGGAAUCUGGGGUAAUUACUGGGAAGGGUUUGACAGAGUUUAAGUCUGAGAUUGAUGUUUUGACAAAGGUUCGACACCGCCAUCUUGUUGCUCUUCUUGGGUACUGUUUGGAUGGGAAUGAGAAGCUUCUUGUAUUUGAAUACAUGCCUCAAGGGACGCUCAGUAGGCAUCUAUUCAACUGGGUAGAAGAAGGGUUGAAACCGUUGGAAUGGACAAAAAGGUUGACACUUGCAUUGGAUGUGGCAAGGGGUGUGGAAUAUCUCCAUGGUUUGGCCCAUCAAAGCUUUAUACACAGAGACCUAAAGCCCUCCAACAUUCUUCUUGGGGAUGAUAUGCGAGCUAAGGUUGCAGAUUUUGGUCUCGUGCGUCUUGCUCCGGAAGGGAAAGGCUCUAUUGAAACAAGGAUUGCAGGAACUUUUGGGUAUCUAGCGCCAGAAUAUGCAGUGACGGGGCGUGUGACUACUAAAGUGGAUGUCUUCAGUUUCGGGGUGAUUUUGAUGGAGCUAAUCGCUGGAAGAAAAGCACUCGAUGAGAGCCAACCUGAGGAAAGCAUGCACCUUGUAACAUGGUUCCGGAGAAUGAAUCUUAACAAGGACACAUUCCGGAAGGCCAUUGACCCCAUAAUUAACCUCAACGAAGAAACGCUUGCAAGCAUCAUCACGGUUGCUGAGCUGGCAGGGCACUGUUGCGCUAGGGAACCAUAUCAAAGGCCUGACAUGGCUCAUGCCGUGAACGUGCUAUCUUCGCUAGUAGAACUCUGGAAACCAUCUGAGCAGAUCUCCGAGGACAUGUUUGGCAUUGACCUUGAAAUGUCUUUGCCACAAGCACUUAAGAAGUGGCAAGCUUUUGAAGGAAGAGAUUCUUCUUCUUCCUCAUUCCUCCCUAGUUUUGAUAGCACUCAAAGUAGCAUACCAACUCCGCCGUAUGGAUUUGCUGACUCUUUUACAUCAGCAGAUGGGAGGUGAUGAGAAGUUGCGGGUAUGGUGGUGUUGAUUAUGGUUGAUUUUGUAUGUUCAUUCUAUUCAAUUCUUUCUUUCUGUAAACUAUGUGAUUUUUUUUUUUUCCCCUUCUUCUUAUGGUUUGAUCUGUUUUAGCUUUUGACUAUAAUCUGUUCAGACUUUCAGUGAUGUAGUUUGGAUAUUUUUGCACUUGCUUUGUAUUGCAAUGAAAUGAGGUUCUCAAGAAAUAGUUGUAUGUCUUUAAU